AUGCUCGAAAAAAACGUGCUGCUAGAAAUAAGUUCGGUGGAUCAACUAAUUAAAAAUAUAACAAUUAAUCAUGAAGGUAUACAAAUUGGAUAUUCAGAUAUUUGUGCACGUGUACGCCAAAGAUGUUUUGAAAAUCCGAUUAUCGAAAUAUUGCCCGAAAUUGAUAAUAUCGUGCAGCGAAAAAAGAAAUUGAAGUAUCCGGUCGACAUAGAUCCGUUGACAUACUCUUAUCAAAUUUACGCUCUUAACUUUGGGGGUGUGAACGAAGAUGAGAACGAUUUCAUUCAGACAGUAAAUGCUACGAGAUUAGUUUAUUUCACUGACAACAGCAACAAGAAUAAACACAAUAUGAUUAAAAGAUGGCGAACAGAAGUAUAUAAUCGAAUAAGUAAUCAUCAAUUUAAACAUCUUAUUUGUUUCAUUGAUAACUACUGGUCAAUAGAACAGCAAAAUGUGCACUUAGUGGAAAAUAUUAAACCUAUGAUUGGUGCUUUAAUUGCAUUUAUAUCUGUUUUCACUGCUGUUAUGUGCAUGAGCAACAAUUGGGCAAAAAGCAAGCCUUUUCUGGGUAUGGCAAGUAUGGUAUCGGCUGGUCUGGCCGUGGUCUCUUCUUUCGGAUUCAUGUCUGUUGUCGGUGUACCGAAUAGUAUUUGGAACAUCACCAUACCGUUUUUAGUUCUCGUGACAGAGAUCGACGAUGCCUUCGUAUUAUUGGCGUGUUGGAGAAUAUCAAACCCCAAGCAAAAAGUACACAAACGCAUGGAAGAAACAUUUGGUGAAGCAGGAAUUUCUAUAACGUUAACAUCGUUGACUAAUUUGUUUUCCUAUUGCAUUGGAAUGAUGUCAUCUUUUCCUCUUAUAAGAAUGUUUUGUUAUUAUUCCGCAACCAGCAUAGUGUUUACGUUUUUGUAUCAGAUAACGUUUUUUGCAGGGUGCAUGGCAUUGUCAGGACGGAGUGAAGAGAAACAACGACAAAAAGCAUUUCGUUAUAAUUUAGAAGAUAUCGAAUAUUCUACUACAGAAGAAGAAACGUCUACUGAUGAGCCAACAAUGGCGUUCUUUCGGGACAAGUUGGGGAAAAUUCUAUGUAUUAGUACAAUGAAGAUAAUAGUUAUCAUAGUUUACUUUCUGAAUUUAUUAUUUGGAAUAUGGGGAGCCUUAACUAUAACACACGGUGUUGAUUACACUAAGCUAUAUCCACAAAAAUCGGUAAUAACACAAGGUAUAAAAUUAUAUUAUAAUAGUUUCGGCCGUUAUACGUUUCCGUACCAAAUAGUCAUUAAUAGUACACUUGAUUAUUCAGAUUUAAAUGUACAGAGGACCAUAGAUGAAUUAGUUAAAAAAUUCGAAAGUCUCCCACACAUUGCAGAUUCUCGAUUUACGGUUUCUUGGUUAAAAUAUUACAAAAAAUUCCAAAAUCAUUCGCUAGCAAAAUAUUCAUUACGAGGAUAUAAUAUGUCGGUUAAAGAGGAUUUCUUGGAUGGGCUUCGCAAUGUUUUUCUGAAAUUUAAAUCAGCAGAACAAUUCACCAAUGAUAUCGCAUUCAAUUCUGACGGAUCCGAUAUUUUAAGUAGCAGAUUUCACAUUUUUGUAAAUGAUACGUUAGGUGCAGAAGAUGAAAUAGAAAUGUUAAAAAAUCUGUGGAAAAUUGCUGACGACUUUGAUUUUCCUGUUCUCGUUUACGCAGCAUUAACUCCUCUGUACGAACAAGGAAUUAUAAUUGGACGCACAAUUAGAGAUUUACUUUGGAUCACUUCACUAUUGGUUAUGAUUUUGUUUAUAGUUACCCUACCGAACAUUGUCGUUGCUUUUCUCGUUGCAAUAUCGGUAACAUCUACCAUUGUAGAAACUUUAGGAUACAUGUCUCUUUGGGGUAUAAACAUGGAUAUUUUUUCAAUGAUGAGCCUGAUUUUAUGUGUCGGGUUCUGCGUCAAUUAUCCGGCUCACAUGUCUUACGCUUAUAUUUGUUCUUUGUAUCAAACCCCCAAUGAAAGGAUGAAAGACAGUCUGUAUCGUAUCGGCUAUCCAAUAUUUCAGGGAUCUCUGUCAACCAUUUUAGGAAUUUUAUUUGUAUACAGAGAUAUGUACGCUUUUAUUAUAUUUGUGAAA